UGAUCAACGUAUAACCCAAGACGUAGAUAAAUUUGCAGAUUCACUAAGAGUUAUUUGUGAAGAAGUCAUCAUUGCUCCCAUUCUUAUAGCUUAUUACACUUAUCUGACAUGGGUAUUUAGUGGCUAUUUGGGUCCAUUGUUGAUUUAUGCAUAUUUUAUUUUUGGCAUUAUUGGAAGCCGAUUUCUUAUUGUUCCAUUAGUAAACUUGGUGUUCAUGAAAGAAUUUCAUGAAGGAAAUUUCAGAUUGCUUCAUGUAAGGAUUCGCCAUUUUGCUGAAUCCAUUGCAUUCGGCUUGGGUGAACGUGCCGAAUAUAUUCGAUUAAAUAAUUACUUUGCAAAAAUUCUGUCUUUCACGAACAAAAUAAUAGAAAGAGAGCUUUACUUGCAAGCCUUCACCGAAUCAAUUUCAUAUUUUGGAUCUAUUCUUAGUUAUAUCAUUAUCGCAAUUCUUAUUUUCAACGGCACGUACGAUGAUGUUGAUAAAGAUAAGCUUAGUGGAAUAAUUAGCAUGAAUUCUUUUAUCACAAUGUACCUUAUCUACAGAUGUACUAAAAUCGUUGAUCAAGCUGUUGAAAUAUCUGAUUUGGCCGGUUAUACUGCACGUAUAGGUCAACUUUUAGAAGCUGUUCAAGAAGUUGAUAAUGAACUCGAAAAUAUUAAUAUUGAUAGUCCAUUUGGUGGGCAACUAAGUGGUGAAAUAAUAAUAACAUUCGAUCAAAUUUCUAUAUCAACUCCAUCUGGUCAACAACUAUUAUCUGAUUUCAAAUUUAUGAUUGAACAAGAAAAAAAUUUAAUGAUAAUAGGUCCUAAUGGUAGUGGUAAAACUUCAUUACUACGAGUAAUGUGUGGUCUUUGGCCAACUACAAAAGGUCGUAUCAUAAUACCACACACAAAUGAUCAACAAAGAAUGUUUGUGUAUUUACCGCAAACUCCGUAUUUGGUGUUUGGUUCUUUAAGAGAUCAGAUAACUUAUCCUUUGAUAAAUGAUGAAAAGACUAAGCAUGUGCGCACUGUAUUAGCAAUGGUAAAUCUUACUCACCUAGAACAGUUGCUGUCUAACUUUGAUGCUCAUUACGGAAUAGAUUGGGAUAAAAUAUUGAGUCCAGGUGAACAACAAAAAUUAGCAUUUGCUAGAUUAUUUUUCUGGAGGCCUAUAUUUGCUGCAUUGGAUGAAUCAACAAGUUCAUUAGAUUCAUAUAUAGAAUCCCACUUUUUUGAAACAUGCAAAGAGUUAAAUAUCACAACCAUAACGGUAUCUCAUAAUAAGAAUUUAUUAAAAUAUCACGAUAAAGUAUUAUUAUUGGAUGGAAAAGGUGGUUAUUCUACUAGUGAUAUAGAUAUUAAUGGAUUUGAUGAUAUUUGCAGAUGGGUUGAUGGAAAUUUGAGACUUUAA